CUUUCAAUCAGGUUCAGCCAUCUGCUAUACAUCACUAACGACGCCACUAUUCUAUAAAAUAGUAUCUCUUAGGUCUUUAGAUGUUUCUAUUUGAUGUUUUCUUCAAGUGUAUUUAUUAUAAUGCACUAUAACUUAUAGCAACUGUAGUGACCAAUGUUUGUUCGCCGGGCUACUUUAAGUUUCUGUGUAGGAUCCUUUCCCUUUUUUACCUACUAUACUUAUUUUAACUUUUAACUUAUAAAUAUAAAGUAAGUUUAUAGGCGGCAGGGCCUACAAUUACAAUUACUUAGUCAAUACUAACUACGGUAGGUAUGACUAAAGUCUAUAGUCUAGUAUGUACUUUUUCUUUUCGGUGACUAAAAAUCAUAAAAAUGUCAAAACAUGAUCAUAAUGACAUAUGCCUGCUGCCUGCCUUUAUCGAAGUGGCUUUUCGGACCAGGGUCCCUUUAGCCAAAUUAUUCUACUAAACAAGUAUACUAUAACUUCAAUGAUUUAUUAAUAAUAAUAAUAAUUUAUGCUGAUUUCAGGAUGGAGAGAGAAGCUCCCCUGGAAUUGGCAUUAUUGAUAGAGGAGUGGAUGUUGCAAAACGAGAUACCUGGUAAUAAAUUUUAUACUAAAACUGGAUUUAAAUUUAUAGGUUAAUGAAUAUUCCAAAUAAAAUAAAUAUAUCAAUUCAUUCACUCAUGGAAGUAUCAAUUUUGAUUUUUUUUAAAGGGACGUAUGAUUAUGACUAUCUUAAACUGUCAAUGUCAAAUCUAACCUGGACAGAUAUCAUCCAAAAGUCAGAUCCAUCGAGGCCAUGCAUGGCCAAAAAAGUAAGAUAGUAAAAGAAAAAUGAUGCUAAUAUUACUUUGAGUGUGCUGAAAUGUAGAAGAUGAUGUAAAAAUGAUGAUUACAAAAAUGCCUUUAUGAUAUCAAAUCUGGGUAUAAAAUUGUUUAAUUAAAUCCAUUGAUUUUAAUAAAUAUUAUUAUAGGUUGGGGGUGGGGUGACAUAUGACAAUUUUACCAAGGAUAUACGGUGCCCCUGUCAAACUUGAAAAACAUAUAUUGUAAGGUAAUUGAUAUUUAUAACAAAAAUUCUAAUCAAAGCAAUCAAGGUACUCACAGAUAAAUUGUAAAGAUGACAUUUGUAUACUUAAAAAUAAAAAAAAAUAAUUGUUUUUAAUUAUAACAAAGUUUUUUGUUCAGAUAGCCGAUAUUCCGCCCAUUUGUGGCAUGAUCUGUGUCUUGUUAGUCCCUCAUUACACUUUCGCCAAUAACUUUACCGCUUAUGAUCUUCAUGUCUGGCUCAGAAAUCCUUUAUUGAAUAAAUUUUUUUUUAAAAAAGCAGCAUUGCAUGAAUAAAUGAAUUUAAGAGACGGAAUGCUUCAAACACUUUACUGUUAGGGUGUCGUAACGCUUAAGUUAUUUUCAAUUAUUGUUUAAUUUUAUUUUGAAUCUCAAGCCUUUGUCAUUGGUAGUCUAAACGGUAUCAAAGAUUUAGAGUGAUGAUAUCAACAUAUUCAUUCUUUAAAUCAUGUUGCCAUAAAUAAAUGAACAUUUUUUUAAAAUAUUGUUUAGAAAACCGUCGUCUUAGCCAGGAUGAAGAGUCCCCUGUUGGUUGGGGAACCUGAGUGUAAAGUUGAACUUCAUUCAGGUUUGAUAAAAUAUGGGAACACAGGUGAGUGUAUAUUUUUACUGUGAUGUAUAAAUUUAGCUAGAACAAGUUUUGUAACCCACUAACUGUCAAAUGCGAAUGUGAUGUUGGUGUCAAUAUGUCUUUAGUAACUGAUGUGCGUCACUAAAAUACCCAAAACUAAUAGCAGCUGAAUCCAUGGACCCAUAUAAGUAUAAAUAUUCUGAGUGCAAAUCGGACAAGGAAUCAUAUGGUGUGAAUGUUGGAAUUCUGUUAGCUAUGUGAAAUGAAUAUGACCUUGGUCUUUCAACGGUGAGUACAAUUGUGCCACUGUUUAUCUCUCUUUCCUCAACUCAUGCCCCCACUGACUGUUGAGUCCUUUUAAACAUCUAAAUAAGUUGUUGUUUUUUUCUUCAGAUUCAUAAAAAAAUUAAUCUUUCAGUUAAGAAAAUAACAGGUUAUUUGGAGUUAAAGAUGUUAGAAAUUUAAAAAAAUAAUUAUUGGUUACCUUCAUAUUUCUUUAUAUAAUGAAUACCUAUCAAAUUCAUUAGUACCCUACUCUCCACUAAUCUUAGAUUGCUAACACUAUUAGAACUUAAUCUGCUACCGGUGCUAGGUCAACUAUGAUGAUUAUUACUACCAUAAGUAAUGGCAGCAAAGCUAUAAUCAAAAUCACUCUCAAAAAUAAAUAAUUCAAAUAAAUUAGCUCUUCUCUCCUAGGGCUAACAUCUGAGUCCUGCAAGUUAAUUUUUUAACAAAAACCUGCACAAAUUUCAUCUCGAUAAAGUAGAUAGAGGUGGAAUCUUCUGAUAUUUCGCCUAACAACUUAAAAUACACAAGCGUUAAAUUGCAGGUGUUUCUGGGUAAUAAAUUACCCUCUACAAACAGCGCUGCAGCUGACAGAAACUAACACACACUAUUUACCCUUACAAUGUGCAAUUGAAAGCUUGAUAUUUUUUCUUUUAAACUUUAAAGUCUACAAUAUAGUCUUGGGUGGUAUAAAGUAGUACGUAAAAGUUAAAUUGUAGUAUGUAAAAGUUAAAUUGUAGUGUGUAAAAGUUAAAUUGUAGUAUGUAAAAGUUAAAUUGUAGUAUGUAAAAGUUAAAUUGUAGUAUGUAAAAGUUAAAUUGUAGUAUGUAAAAGUCAAAUUGUAGUAUGUUAAAGUUAAAUUGUAGUAUGUAAAAGUCAAAAUUGUACUUAAAUUGGAUUAUAUAAAAGUUAAAUUGUAGUAUGUAAAAGUAAAAUUGUAGUAUGUAAAAGUAAUAUUGUAGCAUGUAAAAGUUAAAUUGUAGCAUGUAAAAGUUAAAUUUUAGUAUGUAAAAGUUAAAUUGUAGUACUGGGUAUUUAAAUGUUAAAUUUUAGUAUGUAAUAGUUAAAUUGUAGUAUGUAAAAGUUAAAUUGACCCACUUAAAUAAUCACAUUUGAUUUAAUCAGAUGAAUAAUGUAUUUACCAAACAGGUUUUGACAAAAAAGUUCAACUUCCAUUUAAGCGCCUACCUGAUUAUAUCCUGAAUUAUCUGAGCGUAAAGUCCCUAGACCUUGACCUUGGGAGUGCAGUAACUGAAACUGAGCCCAGUCCUUACCUAGUUAAUCCCGAACCAUCUCAAGAAGGUGCUGCGGCUGCUGGCCCUGUAUGGAGGGGGCGGUACACUGGUGAGUUUAUUCUUUCUCUUGAACUUAUAAAACAUGGUCUGCAGAGUUUUCAAAACACAAUCAAUGACAUAUGGGACAUCAAAGACAUAUGAUGUGUCACAGAAAUAUAAUGUGUCUCAGACAUAUGAUGUGUCACAGACAUGAUGUGUCACAGACAUAUAAUGUGUCACAGACAUAUGAUGUGUCACAGACAUAUGAUGUGUCACAGACAUAAGAUGUGUCACAGGCAUAUGAUGUGUCACAGACAUAAGAUGUGUCACAGACAUAAGAUGUGUCACAGGCAUAUGAUGUGUCACAGACAUAAGAUGUGUCACAGACAUAAGAUGUGUCACAGACAUAAGAUGUGUCACAGGCAUAUGAUGUGUCACAGACAUAUGAAAUUUAAUGUGUCACAGACAUAUAAGCUGAAAAUUUUCAUGGCUGUUAUUUGACACAGACAUAUAAUUUGACACUAUUCAUGGCUAUUCUAAAUUUUAAACCCUUGGUUUACCAUGUUUCAUUCAGUCAAACUAAUGAUGGAUUGUUUGUUAAUUGCAAUCUAUUUAGUUUUGAAGUAAUCAUUGUUUUGUGUUUUGUCUUUAAGGUACGUUCACACUGAUGGCCAAUUUGAGUGGCGAUGUCAAAAUUAUUGAAGAUGACAGGUCGGUCCAGGAGGUAGACUUUAAGGAAAUUGUUAAUUACCUUGAAUUUUCCGACUUAACAGAUGAGAUUUUAUUAAUGCCUGAAGGCUGUGAAUGGGAGGUGACAGGACAAUGUGAAUUUAACCUCUACAGCUAACUAUUGAACUAAGCAUACACACAUAUGUUUUCUAUCAAUCUCAUCAUAUGUUCAAGUAACAUACCCAUAUUAUCUCACGUGUUUUUACUUACUGCAUAUAAUUUAUUUCUGUUACUUUAUGUAAAUAUGUAUUUUUAAAAAAAAACUUUUUAUUUAAUUUUUUUUAAAAUGUUCACAUAAACAAAAUCUCUAGAUUCCAUUCAUUUGUAAAAAUGAUGAAGAUAAGAUGCACAACAUUAAACUGAAUCCUCCAUUAGGGUGUCAAUAUACACAUUUUUUGUGUGUUAAAAACCAGAUCUCGUUAUAAAAUAACUUGAACUAGUUGAAUACCGGUACGUCAGUCUAUAAAAAUAAUUUCUGCUCCUUGGGUCACAUAUUUUUUUUCAAACUGAAUUUUUAAUUUUCAAACCCCACAUUUAUCACUUCUAAGCCCAGUGAUAAAUGCCCUUACUUGCAAUGUUUGGGGUUGACAGAGCUUACGCUAGCUCAUUUCUUAUUGUCAGUUACCGGGUGUUUUGGAGGAUGGCUUUUAACAAAUUUUUUCUUUAUGAAAGGUCUUUUCUGUAAUUCUUUAUAAUCAAUGCCUUUGGGUUUGGCUAAUUCUACAAAAUAAGUGAUUUGAAAAAGUUGAUAAGCAAAAAAAUGUAGUUGGCAACUGUUUUAUAUAUUGUUUAGCUUCAUAUUUUGCGUGUGUUGACCAGGGAUUCUCACAAUGAUGUCACCCAGGCAAAUAGGGCCCUAACCGAGGACCGGGAAUUUAUCUCUAGAAUUGGUUUUAUUUAUAAAUCCUUUACUUUAUUUAUGCUAAAAACCGCUUUACUUAUUGAUGUAUGUUGUAUGGCCGAGUACGUUAUUUUGUUAUAGUGAUAACAUUGUGUGAGUAUAGUUCUUGAUGUUAAGGUCUCUUGAUAUUAUGAUGUCGUUAAGGUUUUAAUUCAAUUGAUAUUAGCCUCCCGAAUAUUGCCUCAAGAUCUGAGUGUUCUCCAAUGAUGGUGAAAUGAAAAAGACUUUACAAAAUGUUGCCACUACCAAAGGGACUUUACUAUCUGUAGCCAUUAUUAUAAUAUGUCCUUGUUAUCUGUCUGGGCACAUAAUUUUUUUUUUUCGGUCACUCUUUUUGUUGACACCUUUUGUGGCCCUAAGAUAGGGGGUAGCUGUUCCAAGACGUUGGGGGG